CUUAAUUAAUGAAGUGACUUUGAAAAUAAUUGGAUUUAAAAAUGAAAUGAUCAAUAAAACUUUAGUGAUUGAUAACGAUUUGGAGUCAAGCUCGUUAAAAACUAAAGAUAUUAAUCUGAAAAUAAUUAAUAACAUUAAAUGGACGCCUGAUAAUUGGUUAUCUUAUUCAAAACAACAAAUCAUAACAGCUCCAAUUGAAACAAAUAAUUUAAAAGCGAAACAUGUUGAAGUGAAAUCUGUUAAAAACUUAAUUCUUAAAAAUGAAAGUAUAAGUAUUAAUAAACCUUUUAAAAUUAACAACUUAAAAUGUGAGCGAGUGCUUGCAAAAACUUUAAAUGGAAAUCCGUUAAAAAAUAUUUAUUUAAAAAAUAGCAACGUUGUUAUUAACGGAUCAAAAAGCUUUAAUGAGGUUGAAAUUAAUAAUUUAGAAUCCCCAAACAUCAAUUACCCUGAUUGCUUUAAAAAUAUAAAUAUAAACCAAAUUGAGUUUGAGCCCAACUCAACAGUUAAUAACCUCAAUAUUAAAACGAUUAAUGGUAUUAAUUGGGAUGAAUUUAAAAAUAAAUCCAAAAAUCAAGAAUUAAAUAAGAAAUCUCUUUCGGUCCCAAGCAUAAUAAUAAAUAAACUCCGAACUGAAUCGAUCAACGGCUUAAAAAUUGACGAUUUAUUAACGAAAGGAACCGAUCAAAUAAUUAAGUCGAAAUUUAUAUAG